AUGGCCAACUUAUCCGCAGAGGGUGUGGAGACCGUCAUUCAGCUGAAGCAAAAAAAAGGCCGCCAGUAUCUGAGAGAUUUGCUAGGGUGGAAGGAGUUUGACGAAGUCCGGGAUUUGCGCUGUAGCAUCCAACUCGACGUCCAUUACCGCAGCCUCGUGUUUGCCGCUGAGAAAGGUUUGCCCUGGCCGGCAGUGGCGGAAGUGGGGAAGAUGACUGGGGAAAUACUGGAGGAAAGCAAAGGUUCUCCCAUUUCAGAGGCCAUCAAAAUCCUGCAGGAGAAACUUUCGGCCUUCCGAGUAAAGCUGCCCGCUUUCCAGCUGCGUGCCGUGUGCGAUUACUUCCAUAACACGUUCAUCAAGCACUACUGGCUCUACCAGUUUGUGUUGGCUCGGGAGAGGGACCGCCAUCAAAGGUUUGCCAGUCUCGAGGUUUAUGCUCCCCCCCAGCCUCUCCCUCUGACAGAGGGCCUGGAUCUUGAAGUCUGGAAGCACCAGCAGCACGUGGCCGCCCUCUCCGCUGCUGAAGACGAAAAGCGGGCCGGCGUGUUGCGCAUCCGAGAAGACUUACGUCUAGAGAAAGAGCGCCUGCUGCAGGAAGUGUACACAAAUGUCCAAAAGCAGAGAGGGGCCCUUAGCAAAGAGACCCUCAUGUUCCUUGUCAAAGAAGCCAUAAAGACCCAGAUCCAAAGCCUGCGUGAUAUUAUUCAGCAUGAGAUCGAGGUCACCUUUGAAAUCUUGCAGCUGAAGCUCCAGAAGAAGGCUUUGACGCUCAACCCACCUGCCCCGUAUCCUCCACCUCCCUGUCCUGAGGAGCGAGGAAAGAAAGCUAACAAACCUCCAAAGAAGGUGCAAGGGAAGCCGUCGGAAAUUAAGGACAAGGGGGAAUCGAAGAAGAAGAAGAAGAAGGAGAAGAAGAAGUGA